AUGGGCAACAGGGCGGAAACCAGUGCAGAAUUUUGUUCCAUUCCGAUGGUCAUACAACAAGUCCUGUGCCAUGUCGAUUAUUUCCUCAAGAGAUCCAUCACGCAGAUCAUAUCUCAAAAGGCGAAAGGCGUCAAUAGACAGGAAUAUCUUGUCUCUAUCGCCCGAAGCACAAGCGAAAACGUUCAGCAGCCUUGGCACCGGCAAGCGGAUGCAGCAAUGCCGCAGCCAAGCAAGCUGAGGCAAAGAGAACAAGAAGCUGCAGUUUCAAAUGAGUUAGAUGAUUCAGAGCCACAAAGACAAGAAGUCCAGGAAGAAGCAAUUGGAAUAGCAGAAGAAGAAGAUACGGAAGGAGCCGAAGCUGAGGAAGAAGAAAAUCAAAGAAAUGAACACAUCAUGUUUCGAGGCAUCGAAUUCUUAGAGAGAGAUCCUGCAUCGCGUCCACAAAUUUGGCAAUAUCCAAAUGACCAGAGAGAUCAAGUGCGGCGAGCAUACUUGCAGUUAGGUCCCAUGCAACCAUUAUUGAAGAAAUACAAGACUUCUGGACCCCAAGAGCAUCAACGCCGUUUCAAUUAUAUUUGGUUCAGUCAAUUUCCGUCUUGGUUGGAAUAUUCCGAGAGCAGCGGCCGUGCAUAUUGUUUUUUCUCCUUCCUUUGUAGUAAAAAUAUAAAGAAGCGAGGUGGUUUUGAUGUCUUUACAGCACAAGGUUUCGAUAAUUGGAAGAAAGUUAAUGAUGGGAAAAAGUGUGGCUUCUUAGUUCAUGUUGGAUCCACACCUUGCUCACAACACAAUAAUGCAGUAAGAGAAUGUCAAGCUAUACUGAAUCAACCAAAUCAUAUAGAAAAUAUUUUGGAAGAGGUAACUGACAGGGAGAAGGAAAGAAAUCGUCUACGUCUGAGAACAUCAAUAGCAGUUGUUAAGUUGCUAACAUUUCAGUCAUGUGCUUUUAGAGGUCGUGAUGAGACACCUCAGUCAAAAAACAGAGGUAACUUUAUUGAAAUGCUAAAGCUUCUUACAGAGUUGAAUCCUGAAAUUGCAAGUGUAAUUUUAGAGAAUGCCCCAAAAUAUUGUAAAUACACUUCACCAGAUAUUCAAAAAGAGAUUUUAAGUAUUUUUGCAAUGAAAGUCAGGAAGCAUAUCCAUGAAGAAAUUGGUGAUGCCAAGUUCUCUAUUCUUGUGGAUGAAACAUGUGAUGUGGCAAAGAGAGAGCAAAUGGCACUUGUUUUUAGAUUUGUUGAUAUAAAUGGUGUUUUACAAGAACGGUUCUUUGACUUGAUACAUGUAAAGAACACCAAAGCAUUGACAUUAAAAGAAAAACUAUGUACUGUACUGUCCAAAUAUGGCUUUGACAUCCAAAACCUUCGUGGCCAAGGGUAUGACGAUGCAAGCAAUAUGAAGGGAGAGUUGAAUGGACUGCAAGCACUUUUUCUUAGAGAAUGUCCUUAUGCAUAUUAUGUCCAUUGCUAUGCACAUCGCUUGCAACUUGCUCUUGUCGCUGCAGCAAAGGAUGUGGUUCCUGUUACCCAGUUUUUUCAGCAUAUUCUCUUUAUUGUAAACACGGUUGAUUCAUCAUCAAAGUGUCAUGAUGAGCUCCAUGAUGCCCAAAUGGUUGAACUUGCACGCUUGCUUGCGGUUGAUGAGCUCGAGACAGGUCAAGGAGAAAACCAAAUCCGUUCAUUGAGACGUCCAAGAGAGACUAGGUGGAGUUCUCACCUAGGCUCUAUUUCCAGCCUUAUGAACAUGUUUAAAGCAGUAAGUUCAGUUCUGCAUAAUCUAGCCGCCGACUCAACAGCAGGUGCAAACCGUGCUAAUGGAGAUACUUCUUUCAAGUACUUGACAUCAUUUGAGUUUGUGUUUGUGCUAUGUAUGAUGAGGGAAAUGUUAGAAAUAACUGAACAACUUGGCCAAGCUUUACAAAAGAAAUCGCAAGAUAUAGUAAAUGAUAUUCGCCUUGUGCAAACCACAAAAGUACUUCUUGAGAAAAUGAGAUCUGAUGAUGGAUGCGAAACUUUUUUUUGCCAAAUUGUUGAGUUUUGCAUGAAUCAUGACAUUCUUAUUCCAAAUAUGGAAGAAACAUACAUUUUGCGUGGUGGCCGUGCUCGUCGACACUACACUACCUCCAACCAUAGAAGUACGUAG